GACUGAAGCCAGGAAGAGGAGAGGGGGGCGGGGGAAGCGGCCGCCGCCGCCCCCCGGAGGCGGCGGAGCCUGGAAUCCCGCUCGGAGCCAGCCAGCCGUCCCGAGCUACGACCAGGUUUCACUGCAGACAGACCCUGCAAGUUCCAGCUGCCUACACUGGAAACUUGAAGAUCCUGCUUCCUGCUCCCCAGGCCACAGGUGUGGGGAACUUAGGGUGCAGCAGAGAAGUUUCUGUAUUCAGCUGCUCAGGCAGAGGAGAAUGGGGUCUCCACAGCCUGAAGAAUGAAGACGCGACAGAAUAAAGACUCAAUGUCGAUGAGGAGUGGAAGGAAGAAAGAGGCCCCUGGGCCCCGGGAAGAGCUGAGAUCGAGGGGCCGGGCCUCCCCUGGAGGGGUCAGCACGUCCAGCAGUGACGGCAAAGCCGAGAAGUCCAGGCAGACAGCCAAGAAGGCCCGAGUAGAGGAAGCCUCCACCCCAAAGGUCAACAAGCAGGGCCGGAGUGAAGAGAUCUCAGAGAGUGAAAGUGAGGAGACCAAUGCACCGAAAAAGACCAAAACUGAGCAGGAGCUCCCGCGGCCACAGUCUCCCUCGGAUCUGGACAGCCUGGAUGGGCGGAGCCUCAAUGACGACGGCAGCAGUGACCCUAGGGACAUCGACCAGGACAACCGAAGCACGUCCCCCAGCAUCUACAGCCCUGGCAGUGUGGAGAAUGACUCCGACUCGUCUUCUGGCCUGUCCCAGGGGCCAGCACGCCCCUACCACCCGCCUCCACUCUUUCCUCCUUCCCCUGCACCACCAGACAGCACCCCCCGGCAGCCAGAGCCUGGCUUUGAACCCCAUCCUGUGACACCCACUGGAUACCAUGCUCCCAUGGAGCCCCCCACAUCUCGAAUGUUCCAGGCUCCUCCUGGGGCUCCUCCCCCUCACCCACAGCUCUACUCUGGGGGUGCUGGUGGAGGGGUUUUGUCCGGACCUCCAAUGGGUCCCAAAGGUGGAGGGACUGCCUCUUCAGUGGGAGCCCCUGGUGGGGGAAAGCAGCACCCUCCACCCACUACCCCCAUUUCAAUAUCAAGCUCUGGGGCCAGUGGUGCUCCCCCAACAAAACCACCUACCACUCCCUUGGGUAGCGGGAAUCUACCCGCUGCUCCACCACCCGCCACUUUCCCCCACGUGACACCAAACCUGCCUCCCCCACCUGCCCUGCGGCCUCUCAACAAUGCAUCAGCUUCUCCUCCUGGCCUGGGGGCCCAGCCGCUACCUGGGCAUCUGCCCUCCCCCCACGCCAUGGGCCAGAAUAUGGGUGGACUUCCUCCUGGCCCAGAGAAGGGCCCGGCCCUGGCUCCCUCGCCUCACCCUCUGCCCCCUCCGUCCUCCUCCUCUGCCCCAGCCCCCCCAAUGAGGUACUCUUACUCAUCUUCUUCCAGCAGCUCUGUGGCAGUCUCCUCCAGUUCUAACUCUGCCUCCCAGUACCCAGCCUCCCAGGCACUGCCCAGUUAUCCCCACUCCUUCCCUCCUCCCACAAGCCUCUCUGUUUCCAAUCAGCCACCCAAGUACACUCAGCCUUCUCUCCCGUCCCAGGCUGUGUGGAGCCAGGGACCUCCUCCCCCUCCCCCAUAUGGCCGCCUUUUAGCCAACAGCAAUGCCCAUCCUGGCCCCUUCGCUCCUUCCUCUGGGGGCCAGUCCACUGCCCACCCACCAGCCCCAGCCCAUCACCAUCACCACCAGCAACAGCAGCAGCAACAGCAACAACAGCAACAGCAACAACAUCACCACGGCAGCUCUGGGCCGCCUCCCCCGGGCGCAUACCCCCAUCCUCUGGAGAGCAGCAGCUCCCACCACGCCCACCCUUACACCAUGUCUCCCUCUCUGGGUUCUCUGAGGCCCUAUCCCCCAGGGCCGGCACACCUGCCCCCACCUCACAACCAGGUGUCCUACAGCCAAGCAGGCCCCAACGGCCCCCCAGCCUCUUCCUCUUCCAACUCCUCUUCUUCCUCUUCUCAAGGUUCCUACCCCUGUUCACAUCCAUCCCCUUCACAGGGGCCCCAGGGCGCGCCCUACCCCUUCCCACCGGGGCCCCCGGUCACCUCCUCUGCUACCCUUUCCACGGUGAUUGCCACCGUGGCCUCCUCGCCAGCAGGUUACAAAACGGCCUCCCCGCCCGGGCCGCCACCAUAUGGAAAGAGAGCCCCGUCCCCAGGGGCCUACAAGACGGCCACCCCGCCCGGAUACAAGCCGGGGUCGCCGCCCUCCUUCCGAACAGGGACCCCUCCGGGCUACCGAGGCGCCUCACCGCCUGCCGGCCCAGGGACCUUCAAGCCAGGCUCGCCUACGGUGGGGCCCGGGCCCCUGCCACCUGCGGGGCCCUCAAACCUGUCAUCUCUGCCGCCGCCACCUGCGGCCCCUAACUCAGGGCCCCCCCUGAACGCCGCGCAAAUCAAACAGGAGCCGGCGGAGGAGUACGAGUCCCCCGAGAGCCCGGCGCCCCCGGCCCGCAGCCCCUCGCCCCCUCCCAAGGUGGUAGACAUGCCCAGCCAUGCCAGUCAGUCUGCCAGGUUCAACAAACACCUGGACCGCGGCUUCAACUCGUGCGCGCGCAGCGACUUAUACUUCGUGCCGCUGGAGGGCUCCAAGCUGGCCAAGAAGCGGGCCGACCUGGUGGAGAAGGUGCGGCGCGAGGCCGAGCAGCGCGCGCGCGAAGAAAAGGAGCGGGAGCGGGAGCGGGAGCGUGAGAAAGAGCGCGAGCGCGAGAAGGAGCGCGAGCUCGAGCGCAGCGUGAAAUUGGCCCAGGAGGGCCGCGCUCCAGUGGAGUGCCCAUCCCUGGGCCCAGUGCCGCAUCGACCUCCAUUUGAGCCAGGCAGUGCUGUGGCCACAGUGCCCCCGUACCUGGGGCCCGAUACUCCAGCCCUGCGCACACUCAGUGAAUACGCUCGGCCUCACGUCAUGUCUCCCGGCAAUCGUAACCAUCCAUUCUAUGUGCCCCUCGGGGCAGUGGACCCAGGGCUCCUGGGUUACAACGUCCCGGCCCUGUACAGCAGUGACCCAGCUGCUCGGGAGAGGGAGCGGGAAGCCCGGGAACGAGACCUCCGCGACCGACUCAAGCCCGGCUUCGAGGUGAAGCCCAGCGAGCUGGAACCCCUCCAUGGGGUCCCUGGGCCAGGCCUGGAUCCCUUCCCUCGACACGGGGGUCUGGCCCUGCAGCCCGGCCCACCUGGCCUGCACCCUUUCCCCUUCCAUCCGAGCCUGGGGCCCCUGGAGCGAGAGCGCCUCGCGCUGGCAGCCGGGCCAGCCCUGCGGCCUGACAUGUCCUACGCGGAACGGCUGGCAGCAGAGAGGCAGCAUGCCGAGAGGGUGGCGGCCCUGGGCAAUGACCCGCUGGCCCGGCUGCAGAUGCUCAAUGUGACCCCCCAUCACCACCAGCACUCCCACAUCCACUCGCACCUGCACCUGCACCAGCAGGAUGCCAUUCACGCAGCCUCUGCCUCGGUGCACCCUCUCAUUGACCCCCUGGCAUCAGGGUCUCACCUUACCCGGAUCCCCUACCCAGCCGGGACCCUCCCUAACCCCCUUCUUCCUCACCCUCUGCACGAGAACGAGGUUCUUCGUCACCAGCUCUUUGCUGCCCCUUACCGGGACCUGCCAGCCUCCCUCUCCGCCCCCAUGUCUGCAGCUCACCAGCUGCAGGCCAUGCACGCGCAGUCUGCCGAGCUGCAGCGCUUGGCGCUGGAACAGCAGCAGUGGCUGCACGCCCACCACCCGCUGCACAGCGUGCCCCUGCCAGCCCAGGAGGACUACUACAGUCACCUGAAGAAGGAGAGCGACAAGCCGCUGUAGAAGCUGCCAUCGAGAGCACCCGUGGCUCCCAUGUCUCACCCUGGAGGUCCCCUUCCUGGCCUGUCACCGGAGCCCAGGAGAGGGUGCUGCUCACUUGCAGGGCCUCUGCAGCUGGGCAGAGGGAG